AUGAAUUCUGUAAAUAAUAAUACUUAAGAAUUUGCACUUCUAUGGACUACAUACUACAUUAAUCAUAAUGAAAACAGAAAUAAAAAACAUAAGGCUGCAGAAAGUUCUUAGAAAAUGAUUCAUCACAUGACUCUUACUUCAAUCAACAGAUUCUAUCAAGUAAAGGAUUAUGAAACUAAAAGAAUGAAUUUUAUAUUAGGAAAACCGAUUGGUUCUAGAUAAUAGAGUCAAGUUUACUAAAUUAUAAAUACGGACGCAGGAGGAUUGUUUUAUUUUAAAAAAUUACCAAAUAACUAAGAAGAUCAGACAUUUAAUCAUACGAUAUUAAACACCUAUACUAAUUUAAUCAGAAUGAAUUAUCUUUUAAUAGAUUCUUUUUAUAUUUGA